CUUCUCUAUAAAUUUACGUUCUCUGAUCACAAAGAAGUAAUUCAAACAAGCGCGAAACAAAUUGCCUAUUUUGAUUUGCUCAUUUGAUAUACUUUUCAACAAAAAUAAGCAAUAGAAUGCAAGCCAUAAUUUUAACAGAUACGGAAGCGGAGACUACCGUGGAGCUAGAGGAAUCUAUGGUCAAUCAAGCCUCACAUGGCACAACAAACGCAACCAAGAGCAUUUUCCACUUAACUUUGGACGAUGGCCUGGACGAUCAUGAAAGUCUCGACAUCAAAAGCCACGAAGCCCGUCUUAAGGAAGAGAUUAAACAAUGGAGUACCCUUUGGCGUGAUUCAAUGAAACAAUUAAAAGCUUUUAAACUUAAGCCUCAUCCAGUCAUCGAUACUACGAUUUUGUCAGCUGAAAAGCGUGCUUAUUUAGAAAAGGCUCCAGAUUUACAGCGAUUUUUACGCAAUUCAGUCGAGUUUCGACAAAAAGCGUAUAUCUUUCUUGAAAAAGAUUGUGAAGAUUUUCAAACAGAUCUAACAAAUCUGAUUGAAGUAUGCGAAUACAAAACAAUUCUUAAAAGGGAACGAAAAAUUGAUGAGAAUUUGGCAUAUAUAUAAUUUCAACAUUGUUGAAUUUAAGAAAAUAAUAUAUUUUGUAUUAAGUUAUGGUGAAUGCAAUCGUCGUAAAUUGCUUGUAUAGAAGUUAACAU